AUGACGCCGUCAUAUACUUUUGCGACAGUCGUAGUCAGUAAUCCUGGGAACUUCUCCGAUCCAGAGAAUGUACAGGGACUUUUCGAGAUGAAGAACGCCUUUGAAAGUUUGCCGCACGCUAUUGGACCAGAGAGCACCAAUGUUCACAAAGGGUCAUUCAGCGAGUACCUCAACUACAAAGAGGCCAUUCAAGAGGAAAUGGGAGAAGAUCCAAGUAUUGCAUCUCUGGAUGAAUUUCUUAAUUGGCCGGAAUACUCGUACUACAAUGGUUUCAUCAAACGAGGGAACACUUCGUAA